AUGGAGAACAACGAAAUUGUUUAUGAAUUUAAGCCAUAUUUAAGGGUAUACAAAAAUGGUCGAAAAGAGAGAAUACUGGUCACAAUAUUUGUUCCACCUUCUAUGGAAGACCCAAAUACGGGUGUUUCAUCAAAAGAUAUUAUAAUUACACCUGAAACUGGUGUUUCCUCAAGAAUCUAUCUCCCUAAAUUUACCCAACAACAGAUUAAUAAAAGGUUUCCACUUCUCAUUUACUUCCAUGGAGGAGCUUUCUGUGUUCAGAGUCCUUCCUCUCCAAUUUACCAUAACUAUGUUACUUCUCUAAUACCUGAACACUAUCUUCCUGUUGCCUAUGAAGAUUCAUGGGAAGCCAUAGAAUGGGUACUUUCUCACUCUACAGGUCACGGUUCUGAAAUCUGGCUGAACAACCAUGUCGACUACAACCGAGUGUUCAUGGGUGGCGAUAGUGCGGGUGCUAACAUCUCGCACAACAUGGCUCUGCGGCUGGCUCGAGCUCAUCACGAGUUUCAGUUUUCUGGUGUCAUUUUAAUUCAUCCUUACUUUUGGGAUGUGAAACCCAUUGGUUCCGAGGAGAAAGAUAUGAGUAAGAAGAUAAUAAUGGACAAACUUUGGCCGAAUAUUUACCCAUCAUCGACUGGUUAUGAUGACCUACUUAUCAACCCCUACAAAAACCCGAACCUGUCAAGCUUAAGAUGCAAAAGGGUACUAGUUUGUGUUACAGAGGAAGAUUUGUUCAGGGACAGAGGAUGGUUGUACUAUGAAACGUUGAGAAAUAGUGAAUGGAAUGGUGUUGUUGAGAUUAAGGAGUCACUAGGGGAGAAUCAUGUGUUCCAUCUGCUUAACCCUGAUUCUGAAAAUGCUGUGAAGAUGAAGGAAUUAGUGAUUUCUUUCCUCAACCAUCAAGAGAGGAUUCCCAGUCGGAUCUAA